UACGGGAGUCGGAUUUGGCAAAUCCGACUAGGGAAGGAAUGACAAUAAUUAUAAAGUGGUCUAAACACUUUAUUACUAAUACUGCAGAUAAGAGUAAUAGAGUAAGGGAAGGAAUGACAAUAAUUUUUUUCCCAUUCUCCUCAAUUCAACGUGAUCCUUUUAUUUAUACGCUAAAUGUGACUCUUUGAAAAGAGACAAUUUUUCAUUUCAAAACCAACUUUUGAGUUUUGAUCGCCACAAUGUCAUUCACUCGAGCAUUUUUUUUCGCACACCAUUUUUGCACAAUUAUUGAAAUCAAGACCUUUGAACUGCUCUGGCCAUUUUUCAAGCAGUUUGGAUUUUCCUCAAUUUCACACAAGCCAGAUUUCAGGAAACAAAUAUAAACAAAAACAAAUUUUUAUCAUCCCUUCACGGGUAAGCUCCUCCUCCCCUAUUCAGAUCCGCUUUUUCACUGGUAAGCUCCCCCUCCCCUAUUAUCACUUCACUUCACUUCACUUCACUUCACUGGUAAGCUGUGGCCUUUCAGACCCGCUUCUUCCCUCCCCGGAUCCAAAACAAGGUAAAUUACUCAGAGUGGGUGGCGCCCGGAGGGAGGGGUCGCUGCUGGGACGGAGUGCAGAAAGCAAUAAGCUGAGGUCCUCGCUGCUCGGACGGAGUGGGGAGGAGGCCGCCGAGAUGGUUGCUGAGCAAAAAUAUGAUUUGGAGGGCAAGGAAAGACGAAGAUCGAGGGACAGGUGCAGGGCCGGCCGGUGCUGAGCUUGUUGUCGCAGGUGACUGUCCGCCUGGACACAUACGUAACGGAAGCUUUACAGCUUAUUUUUUUCCCACACCGAAACGGAGAACUUAAAGUCUCGCCUGGCAUGCUUAUAAAUGUAAGUGUACAGUUGCUCCCAAAUGCACCCAAACUUUGGGACUCGGGGCUUCUCAGUCCUGUCCCGCUGGGUUGGGCUGGCAACCCCUUUGGGGCCGGCCCUUAGGUUAGGGCGCCGCUUAGGGCGCCGUUAGGUUUAGGUUUUAGGUAGGUAGGUUUAGGGCGCUGCUUAGGGCGCCGUUAGGCUUAGGUUAGGGCGUCGCUUAUGGCGCCGUGAGGCUUAGGUUUUAGGUAGGUAGGUUUAGGGCGCUGCUUAGGGCUCCGUUAGGCUUAGGUUAGGGCGUCGCUUAUGGCGCCGUUAGGCUUAGGCUUAGGCUAGGCUCAGAAGAAUUAAUGAUGGAUGAACUCAUGAAAGUUAAACCGUGGGCAAGUCGUGGUUUGACUUAUCAGUUAAUUAUCAGGGUUAAGGUUUUGUGGGGUUUUUCUAGAUUGACCGGCCUGAAAGGGAAAAAGAAUUAAUGAAGGAUGAACUCAUGAAAGUUAAAUUUUAAGGAACGGGAAAGAAAGAAAGGGAAAAGGAACGGGAAAGAAAGAAAGGGAAAAGGAACAAAGAAAGAAAGAAGGGAAAUGGAACGGGGAAGGGAAAGAAAGGGAAAAGGAACAGGGAAGGGAAAGAAAGGGAACGGGGAAGGAAAGAGGGAAAGGGAAAUGGAAAAGGAACGGGGAAGGAAAGAAAGGGAAAGGAAUAUUAACAAGUAAUUAAUAAGCAAGUAUAAUAAUAAAAAUAAUAAUAUACUAGGAUAAGUUGUACUACGUACUUCUCAUCAGACUAAGUGGUAAGGGUCUGUUUGGAAUCUGAAAUACUACAGGGGGAAGGAGGUAAAACACAGAUUAAUAUAUCUAAAAUGAAAGAAAAAUUAGGGGAGAAUAAAAGAUAUAUAUUGUAUUUAAAUUAGUCGAUAAUCUAUUACAUAAAGAAUAAGAAAUCUAAAUGCUUGUCAUUUGUCAAAAAAUCGUUAGAAAAAGGUAUUCAUAUUUCAUUUUCCUUCACAUUCUUUUCUUUUCCUAGCAUUGCUUGUGGUCCCAUGUAUUUCCAUAUAACUUUUGGCUCUGCUGUCAUGAAUGGCUUUGUUUAAAUUUGGACAAUGUAAAUAUAUGUACACAGUAAUACUGAACUUUGUUUCUUUUAGACUUUCUGCUUAGCUAGAAAGAGAUGCAAGUGCUUUCAAGUAUUAAUUUAUUUGUUUGGCUUUCUUAGUCUCUAUGCACGGGGUGUUAAAAAUAGACAAGUGAAAUGAGAUUGAACUAAUGUAUAAAUAAGUUUACUGAGUUUCAAUCAAUGUUAUCCCCCCAUCACACUUUCUUUUGUUUCAAUCUUUUCUAUAGCCCUUCCUAUCUCUUUCCCAUAGUAUUACGAUUGUUUUUCGACAGUUUCCAAACCGCGCCUUAAGAAACUCUAAUGGAGCCUUUAUAACGCCUUUUUUCUCAUUUAAAAAGUGAUGUUUCUGCAUUUCCCAUUUCACACUUCCUCGCCACCUAGCAGUGUACAUUAACAGAACUUGAAUGAAAAGUUACACUCAUAGCAUUUGAGUACACUGUGUACGUGUAACCAAAUAAAUGGUCGUUAUGCUGUAACGGAUUUUUUGGUGGUUUACCAUGACCUACCCUUUCAGGAUGAUCCAAAUACAAAUGCUGGGUGAGGUUCAAAUUUGACUGAGGGUAAUGUGGAAUGUGAUGCAAGCAUAAUGGAUGGUGAUUCUGGAGCAUUUGGUGCUGUAGGGGCAGUGCCAGUUAAUUAUUGGCAGGUGUUAGAAAUGCCAUCCAGAUUGCUGCAUUAUUUAUUAGCCAAGGACCAGCUUUCCGGUUCAACACUGCUGGGUCGGAUAUCCCCCAUGUGCACGAGCAUGGGCAAAAUCUAAAGGUGUUGUUCUACCAGGAACAAUAAAAGAAGCUGACAAGGUCUGAUUGGAUGAUAUGCCAUGAAUGACAGGCUGUUUAGGGUUCUACCUCCCGAAGCAUUCUCUUAUCAGUGUGGUUUAGACACGAGAAAAAGUAAGAGAUGUGCUUGCAAGAACUGGUCCAAUUUUGGCAGGUCCAGGGGAAAGUGAGGCCACCAGUGGAUGGUGGAGGGCAUUCCCUGGGUGGGGGGUAGGAGGACGUGCCCAUCUUCUAAUGUAGCCGCAGGCCCGCAGCACUCGGAUCUUGCCUAGGAACGGAAGGACCAAUGAUGACACUCACUCCGCCAUCUAAGGGUCUUAUGAUACUCAGCAAAAGGAAAUCCUGGCAGAUAGAUGGCCAUGAAGGAGCGAUGUGCCCUGGAGAAUUACUAAAGCUUUUCUGUGAAUGGCGGUUAAAUUAAAAGGAAGGAGAAGCACCUCCCGGACUCCCUUUGAGAGGUGCUGGUCAGGAUUCUGACGCACAGCCAAAGGUUUCUAAUGGCGAUCUUCCUAAUCCGUGUGGUGCACUAUUUGAUUAACUCUGGGAGGUAACGAAGCAGAGAAUACGGAAAGCAUCCAUAUGUGGGGAACUGCCUGGGCUGGGACUUGUGGUCUGUAUUGUUGUUGAGGUAAAUUAGCAUCUCACUCAUGCAAUAGGCACUUAUAAGAAAGCAAGAAGAAAAAAGGGGUGAACAAGAAAAGACAGUUGAAGGUAAGACAAGUGGCAACAACUUAUAUUCCAUGGUCACCGAAUUGUAGAUGGACUAGAUGCCAUAACCUGUAUAAGUAGAAAAUGGGAGCAGAGGGGUUGAACAAGGAAGAGAGGAAGAAGACGGAACCAGAAGAAGAUGAAGGGUAAGGAGAUAUCGAAAUGUAAAAGAAAAAUCAACUCGGUUUAACUAUUAAUGAUUUUUUUGACAGAAAAUUACAGUAAACUUAGCUUGCUGACAGUUAGACAAGAUUUAUUUGCAUUGCCCCACUAUGUUGAGUUUGAGUAUCUUUUCUGCAUCAUGGUUUUGAAUUUCAGGGUUGCUCUCUCUAUGUAUUGCAUUUGAUCAUACCUUGGUUCUCUGGAUUACUCCAUUUCAUAGUUCACAUGUGUUACGAUGGUUUGAUAAUAAAUGAGAAAAAGAUGGAAGAGGAAGAUGGAAGACAAAGAGGGAGAAGAGGGAAGGGGAUUACUCCAUUAAAAACCAUUGCUUGUAUGCAAUUUGAGUUUGUGUGGGCCAGAUCCUGGGGUGAAGGGAGCAGGGGGGCAGUCCACGGGGAAAUGGGGGCAGUUCCUGGGGAAAGUGGAGGGGAGAGCAGGCCCUGGGGAAAGUGCGGCAAACCAGUGGAUAGUGGAGGGCAUCCCAUGGGCGGGGCGGGGGGCAUGCCUAGUUUCUGAUGCAGCUGCAACACUCGGAACAUGGCUAAGAAUGGAAGGACUAAAAAUAAAAGAAAAGAACUUGUUAGGAGAAGAUAUAAAGCAGAAGAAGAAAAUAAGAGAUAAAGGUAUCAAUUUUUUUAAUGAAAAGAUAGAAUUAGAGCAAGAACAAACAGACAACACCGAAAAAUAUAGAAAAUUAGAAAGAAUGAAAAAUUGAAUUAAACAAGAGGAUGAAGACAGAAAGAAGAAACGUGCGCCAUUCAAAAAUAAGUUGAGAAGCAUUUCCCAGCACAGGCGUGACAAGCGUGCGUCUCAGCUCUUCUUGCGCUUGAGGAAUUAUAAGGUGCUACGCAUGUUUAGCGCCAUUCAAAUAAUAGGUCAAAACAACUUAAACCCAUGUUAAACCCUUCUAAGUCACGGUAAAAGCCUUCUAUCGCGCGUCUUCAUCAUUACUCUCCUAUGCUCUACUCGUGCAACCUGUUCAGCGCUGCAACCACAUCCAACGAAUCAACGAUCAACCCAUUGAAGCUAGCAACUCUUAAGGUUUCUUCUUCCUCAUCAUCUUCCCAUGUUCUUUCUUCUUUCUUUUUCAGAUUGUAGUCAACUCUUAAGGUUUCUUCUUCCUCAUCAUCUUCCCAUGUUCUUUCUUCUUUCUUUUUCAGAUUGUAGUUUUCAUUUAUUUUACCAUCUUCUUGUUGAUCCUUUCUUUUUAUUCUUUCAGUCUAUCUUCUCUCUUUACUUUUACCACUUGCAGUCAUCUAUGCGUACUUUAUAGUUCUCUUUAAACACUUUAUGGUUCUCUUUGCUUCAUCUUAUUAUACAGUCUAUAACUUUAUAUCUUCUUAUCAUCAUUUCAUUUUUUAAUUGUAUAAAACUUCAUGUAAUCUAACUCGGUUAAUAGUUUAACACACUACAAUUUAUGCUACCCGUAGUCCUCAUUUUGCAAAAUCAGCCAAAACAGACCCUGCUCGGUGUUUUGUUUAUGUGAACCAUCCAACCAUGACUUUUUUCUGUGGAUUGUUACUUUGUUAUUGAGAAACAUGACUUUUUAAUGCAUUUAGUUCGAUAUGAUGUUGAAUAUGUCAUUUUUGAUCACUCUAGAAUAGUAUACAUAAUAUUUUCUAAAUAGUGAGCUUGACAUGAGUUAGACAAGUGUUUUUUUGCGCCUUGGGCCUCAAAAGUACUCUAGCGCGUUUUUGACUACCUCGGGGCGGACAGAGUAUGGGAAAAGGGCGAAGCAAGAAAAAAGGAGUAGAAAGGGGAAGAAGAAGGGAGGAAAGGGAGUAUGGGAAAGGGGAAGAAAGGAAAAAUGAGUAGACAGGGGAAGACAAAGGGGGGAAAAGGAAGAAAGCUUAUUAAGUAAUUAUAUUAUUAGGUCUGAUUGGAUGAUAUGUCAUGAAUGACAGGCUGUUUAGGGUUCUACCUCCGAAGCAUUCCCUUAUCAGUGUGGUUUAGACACGAGAAAAAGGUAAGCAUAAACACUGCCAUCAUUGUGAGGUUACGCUUGUAUUGUUUUUAGUAUUGGCUAUUGAUUGAGAUCAUGUCUUAGGUAUUGAUUCAUCUUUUGGAUCAAGUAAGAGAUGUGCUUGCAAGAACUGGUCCAAUUUUGUUAGGCCCAGGGGAAAGUGGGGCCACCAGUGGAUGGUGUAGGGCAUUCCCUGGGUGGGGGGUAGGAGGACAUGCCCAUCUUCGAAUGUAGCCGCAGGCCCGCAGCACUCAAUCUUGCCUAGGAACGGAAGGACCAAUGAUGACAAUCACUCCGCCAUCUAAGGGUCGAUUCCCUUUAAGACAUGUCCAUCUGUAAUGUUUGGUUAUGAUAUGCUUAGAAGGAAGUUGAAAGGGGAGGGAUUAGGAGAAAGGGGGGAGCAAGGAAAAAGGAGCAGAAAGGGGAAGAAGAAGUGGGGAGAGGUGAAGAAAGGAAAUAUGAGUAGAUAAGGGAAGAAGAAGGGGGCAGGGAAGAUAGAUCAAAUUAAAGUUAUAGUGAAGGAAGCAGAUAUGAGGAUUAUACAUAUAUACUUUUAAAAUCUAGUAGAUAUCAAUAAAUUUUGUUGAUCUUUGUGCACCGGCCCAGUUGAUCUCCGAUCGCUGAAUAAAAGGAAAUAGCAGCUUCUUCAUUGGGUAGUUAUCUAUAAUAUAGAGCCUGUUUGCUUAGGGUUAUCCUCUGAAUUUUCUGUAAGAAAAAAGUGUCUGGCAAAACAACACCUUCGAGAAACAAACAGAGCCUAAUUUUUAUCCAUGUUUCACCACACAGAAUUCAUUAUCUGCUUGAAUUCAAUUUUUCAUCCAAAUCUAGAAUUACAUGUGAUGGAUAGUCUACCCGGGGUAUAUAUCCGAAGGGUUACUACGGGGAGUAACUUAGAGAGAAGUCAGAGCAAGUAAGUAAGAGAGAGAGUGUAUAUUCGGUAUGUAUUAAGCGUUUUCAGCGUGGUUACAAAUGGGGAAAUGUGGUGCUAUUUAUAGUAGCAAUAAAUGCCGGGCAGGGACACGUGUCAAGCGCUCAUUGGCCGAGGGGUCACCUCAACUGGUUGGCGCUGGCAGCCGCAUGUGGCCGCAUUUAAUGCGGCUGUUGGAUGGGACGUCUGUGCAGAGUACGGUGAUCUGUACGCAUGUGAGGCGGAUAUCUUGUCGAGCGAGAUGCCUUCGGCUAUAGAGCAGUAGCCGAGGGCUCUUCCUCCCGAUGGCACCCCUGGUGCCGAGGGCUCACAGUGCCGAGGGCUACUGUUUUAGUCGUUUUCUCCCGAUUUCUUAGUUUGCUUGAGAAAACCCGUUCUGUGAGAAUUUGGAGCCUUCGGCCAGGGGGCCGAAGGCACCCCUGCGCGUUGUGCAGACUGCUUGGUACUCCGGGCGCUGUGAAUUGGGCCUUCUGGGCCUGUUGGGCCUUUGCUGGAGUAGUGGGAGUCUGUGGGUCGGGGGUUCCCCGGGCCAUAUACUCCAUCAGGAGUCCCUCACUCCUUUUGCCGAAAGGUACUUGAGGGAAAAGGAGUAAUUUGUGCUCGCCCCUUGAUGUUAUCCCGUUGUGAUCUCUGAAGUUGGUGAGGAGUUGUUGCUUUUAUGUCCCUGGCGAAGGCAGUCCCUCAGUUACCCACAUGUCGGGACUUGAGGGCUUGCUUUGUUGUUUGUUGGAAUUUCACAGAUUUUGUAAUUUAAUGAUUUUCCUGAAGGGGUCCUCCAGUCCCCCACUCCUUGAGGCACUUGUAAAGUGGUGAAAAGGAGUGAAGUAGUUAUGUUGCUGUUGUGGGCCGAAGGCUGACGCUCUUCGUUUCAUUUUGGGGGAUGCCUCGUUAAAAACCUCAUUAGGAAAAACCCUUUGGGAAAAAAUCUUAAUGAGGGAAAAAGAGUGCACCGAAUUCCCCCAAUGAUGAAGCGAAAAUGUCAAACCUUGGCAAAAAUGGAGAAUGGCGGGAAUGCCGAAGGCUCUCUCUUCUGAGGGCUCCUGUGUUGAUUAGCCGAAGGCUUGCUGUUGAUGUCCUGGUGGUGCUGAAGGGGAGCCCCUCAAUCCAGGGACCGAGGGCCUGCCAGAUGAGGGCAGCAGUGAAGUUGUUACCGGGGGGCCCACUGUUUGUUGAUGAGUUGGUGAUGAAGAUACCCGAGGGCUCCCAUUACCUGUGUGCCAUGGGCCAUCCGUCAAUGAGGCACUCCCCGGGGGCUACCCGGUUUUGUAGUGCUGAGGGGGAAGCCCCGAGGUGUGCCCUGAUAUGCAGCCCUAGGAUCUGAAGGGGUGAUCCCGAAGGCUUAUGUAAUGUGCUGUGUGGGGCACAACCCGGGGGCACUUCUGGGUGAGUGCACCCGGAGGCUAUCUUUGAUGGAGUGGAGUGAAGUACAAAACCCGGGGGCUUCCAAAAUAUAGUCGUUGGAAAUAUGGCCGUUGGAAUAUGUAACGACAGGAUAUAGCCGUUGGGGGGGGGGGGGGGUGGCACACGUGGCAUGUGAAGGCUGGUUGUCCGUGGGCGGCGUCACCGGUUGGGUGAAACGGCGGUGUGUAAUGAUGGCGUCCAUCCGGAGGCCCGGAAUCCAGGCCCAAGCCCGGAUUCAUCGCCUAUAAAUACCUCAAGGCCAGGCGUUCCUCCGUGUGCGAUAAACUUGUUAGCGAAGCUCUGUCAAUUUUUCUAGAGAGAGAAAGUUCAGCCUUCGGUCAAAACUCAGCUUCCGAGGUCAGUGCUCCCUGCCUUUCUCCUUCUAACAUAGCUGUACUGUGCCCUUAGUUUAGGAGAUAGAAUUCACUAGGAACCUUAGUUCCCCCGAACCCUCGAGCUAGAGUGUAGAAUGUCGUCCCAGAGUGACUCUCAGGACAUCUCGAGGACGCCCUCGAUGGAGGACGAAGGCAUCUCCGACGUGGAGUCCAGCAGCAGUCAGCCCUCGGAUGGUGGUGAUGUAGCCCUCGCCACUGAGGUGCAGAAGGAUCUGACGGCCGAGGCCGAGGCGGAGGAAUUCGAGCGGACCGCGGAAGAUGAGGAGUUAGUCCUCGCCGUCCAGGUUGCUGAGGAGGAAGAAGAAAAGGAGAGGGCGAAGGUCACUGUGGCCGUCCUUCCCCCUCGGGGUGCUGGUGAGGCCAGUACCUCCCGGCCGUUGAACGCAGUUCCCCUCCGGGUGGCCCCCGGGAUGAAGAAGAGAAAGACGAAGGCCGCCCCUCAGAAGAAAACAAAGACCGUCGAUCAGGGGGGGCCAGUUGAUCUACCGGAGGGUUAUUCCUUCCUGGACACCGCCGCUCUGGAGAUCAAGUCCCAAGCUGACAGGGCGGACAUCUAUAUCACCCAAUUGCAUGUAGGGCCCUCAGCCGUGGUAGUCGAGCCAGGUCCCGAUGACGUGCUGUCGCGGCCCCCCGAGGGAUGUAUAGCCGUGCACGUGCUUUCGGUCUCAAUGGGCCUCCGGUUCCCUCUCCAUCCGUUCCUCCGGGAGUACCUGAGGUACACCGGCCUGGCCCCCUGCCAAUUGACUCCCAACAGCCACUCGUACAUAACGGGGUUUGUGAACCUGUGCAAACUCCGGAAGGUUACACCGAGCCUGGAGUUAUUCUUCCAAAGCUUCAACCUAUGCCGGGGGGGACAUACAAAUGCUGAGGGCUAUGCGAACUUACAACAGAUAGCCCAGUUCAAGCUGUUCACUGAGGCCCCCUCUUCCAACAAGGGGUGGAGAGAGCGAUGGUGCUUCAUCAGACUGGCCGACAGCCCGUUCCCGAGGGAGUUGCGGAAUUGCUUUCGGCGCCAUGUGAAGGCCAAGAGUGCCGCCCUCGAGAAGGAUGGCCUGAAGAUUGCAAAGAUUCCCGAGGGUCGGGAAAAGAACGUAACCAUCAAGGAGUGCACCCUCGAGGAGGACCUGUAUACCCUCGGAUUCCUGAUGUAUCGGUUCAUUGGGGAGACCGAUGAGAAAUAUCCCCUCUACGAUAAAGCCUUCGUGGGAGCAGGAGGUAGUGGCCGGGGGCUUUACAUUUUCGUACUUAGAGAUUUUUUUGUUAUGUUUGUUGUCAUGUGUUUGACCCCUCGGUUCUAACCUUUCAACUUGUUGCUGUCGUUCUUUGCAGGUAGCAGGAUGAAUGCCAACGCCUUGUUCGCGAAGAGGAAGGGCAAGACCCAGCAAAAGGAGAAGGGGCCCUCGGGCCAGAAGCCAGUUGACGCGCUUUUCCCGAAGGCCAUAGAGCCUUCCGCCGGGAACGCCCAUGCUGUUGUGGGGACCGGGGGGUCGAAGGCCGAGGCGGCCGCUAAGAAGAAGAGGAGCGACAAGGGGGUGGAGCCCCCUACCAAGAAGCAGAAAGGCGCCGGGGGUGCUGUCGGGGGGGCGGCCCCCCUCAUAGUUAUUGAUGACAUGCCAGCUGCUGGUGAGCCUCUGGCCUCGGUCCCCCCGAAGGAUCCGGUAAAUCCCCCCCGGGCGGAAUCACCCCGGGAGAUCCGUCAGCUCUCCUUUGCCCCCGACGCGUAGUUGAUGCACGGCACUGCCGAGCCGAAGGCCUUCCUGCGGGGCAUCACCUCGAAGAUGGACAGGGAAGUCUUCGAGACCUACGAUGACGAUGCCCUCGAGAACAGGAUCCUCCGGUCCUCGCUCACUGUAAGUAUCCGCUUCCUUUUUCCUUAUCUUGUCAGUUUAGUCUUAUUUUUUCCUGAGGAACAAUCUAACUCCUUUGAUCAUUGUUUGCAGGCCUGCAUAGCCCUCGGGGAACAGGCCCGGAGGCGUGAGGAAAGGCGUCUCCACGAGGCUGCCCAGGAUAAGAAGGUGGAGGGGCUGAUCCGUAAGAACUCUGAGGCAGUGAAGCAUGCUGCCCAGCUGGAGGAGGCCCUUCGGGAGGCGAAGGCGGCGGCGGAGAAGGCCAAGGCUGAUGGAAUAGCCAAAGGCAAGGCAGAGGCCGAGAGGGCCGCUGCCGAGGCGGCGAAGAAAGCCGCCGAUGAAGCCCAAACUGCUAAGGAGAGAGCUGCGGCCGAGGCCCGAGGGGAGGCAGUUGCGGAGUUCCUUGCUGAGGGCUGGAGGGCCGAGGGCCACAAGGAGUGGGUUGCCUCCGUGGUGGCAGCCUCGGUGGAUGCUUGGGUUGAAGUCCCCGGGGUAGACUGGCUGACCGAUAGGGGCGACGCCUACUAUCAGGGGGGUGAGUUCUUUACCCAGCACCUGAUAUACCGGAGGCUCGCCAGGCACUUCGGCGUAUCCCUCGAACAAUUUGACCCCUCGGUAUAUGGCCUCCCUCCGUUGCAACCAGAUGUUAGAGUUCCCCUCCCCCCGGGUGAAGAGCGGCCAACAAUCUAUGAUUCUGUGAUGAUGGGGGGUGACGGGGUUGGAGCCAUCGGGGGUGAUGCUGCCGGAGAAGAAGUCUCCUCCAAGGCUGUCGGGGAAGAUGCCCCCGGUGACAACGAGGCUGAAGCCGUCGAGAAGAUUAUCACUUAGUCAAAUCUUUUCUUUUUAAAAAAACCUUGUAAUGAAAUUUUUGUUGCCCCUCGGCCUUGGCCACACUCUGUAAUGAUCAUAUUGACUAUUUUUGUGUUGUAAUUGAAUGAUUGCCUUCGGGCUUGGUGUAUAUGAUAUGCUUCCUUCUGAUC